AUGGCAUCCAUCGCUCAAAUCGUACUCCUCUUAACCGACGCUGAACUCCCAGUCAACGCCGACAACAUUAACAAGGUUGCCAAGGCUGCCAACAUCACCGUUCGUUCAUUCGAAGUUGAGACCGUCGUCCGUGCUCUCUCCAAGAAGUCCGUUGAAUCCAUCAUUGCUUCCGCCGCUGUUGCUGCUCCAUCUGCUGCCGCUGCUGCCCCAGUUGCUGCCGCCGCUGCUGCUCCAGUUGCUGCUGCCAAGAAGGUUGUUGAAGAAAAGAAGGAAGAAUCCGACGACGAUAUGGGUAUGGGUCUCUUCGAUUAA